AUGGCCCGCUCCGUGCAUCUAGUCCUCCUUCUCACCAUCUUGCUGAGCCUGGCGGAAACACCAGAGUCUGCGCCUGCUCCCAAGGGACGAGGAGGCUGGACCCUCAAUAGUGCUGGUUACCUCCUGGGUCCUGUCUUUCAUCUUUCCUCAAAAGCAGACCAGGGAAGGAAGAGGGACUCAGCUCUUGAGAUCCUGGACCUGUGGAAGGCCAUCGACGGGCUCCCUUAUUCCCGCUCUCCAAGGAUGAUCAAAAGGACACCGAUUGAAACGUUUUUCAAACCGGAAACUGGAGACCCGCACAUACUGGACAAGAACGUUCCCGGGGAAGAAGCCACCCUGACAUCAUAG